AUGGCUGAAAAGACAUCUCUCGGUUCUGGAGGUGGAAGCCCUGACCCAGAACGUCGCCAAUCUGAACUCCAAACCCCUUCGUCACGAUGGGCGUCUCUGUUUGGUGGCGAGGGUGUCACUGCUGGACCUCGAAUUGCUCAAUUGCCCGAAUUUGUGAGGCGUGAUCUCUCAGACUCUGAGGACUCAAGCUCUGCCAUUCUCAACAAACAGCUGGCUGCGGAACAGGGAGAACAGAUCCAGUACCGCACUUGCUCAUGGCAAAAAACUGCUGGUCUGCUUUUCAGCGAAUACAUUUGUCUUGCCAUCAUGAGUUUCCCUUGGUCGUACAGUGUUCUCGGAUUGGUGCCUGGUAUUAUUCUGACGAUUAUUGUUGCUCUCAUCGUUCUCUACACCAGUCUCGUUCUCUGGGAAUUCUGCCUCCGCCACCCAGAGAUGCGCGAUGUUUGCGAUAUUGGACAGAUGCUAUUUUGGGACAAGAAGUGGGCUUGGUGGGCAACUGCUGUGUGCUUCAUUCUCAACAACACCUUCAUUCAAGGUCUUCACGUUUUGGUUGGUGCCAAGUACCUCAACACCAUGACCGAAGCCGAUGAUGUUGGCAGCUGCCGGACCGUUAUGUUUUCGGUUAUCGUUGCUGUCAUAAGCUGGGUCUGCUCCCUGCCCAGGACGUUCGACAUGAUGGCCAAGCUCGGAACAGCAUCGGCUUUCUUCACAUUCAUUUCCGUUCUGCUCGCCGCCAUCUUCGCCGGUAUCCAGGAUCACCCAUUUGGAUAUGAUCCUGCAAAGCUGGGCGAGCCUAUUGUCACAGCUAUCCCUGUCAAGGGCACGACCUUUGUCAACGGAAUGUCCGCUUUUCUCAACAUCAGCUACACCUUCAUCGGCCAGAUUACCCUGCCCAGCUUCAUUGCAGAGAUGCGAGAUCCCCGUGACUUCCCCAAGGCUCUGUGGGCGUGUACGAUUGCUGAGAUCAUCGUUUUCAGUCUCGUUGGAGCCAUCGUAUAUGCUUAUACCGGCAACCAGUAUGUGACUGCGCCGGCUUUUGGUUCGCUCGAGAACGUGUACAAGAAGGCGGCCUUCUCGUUUAUGAUUCCCACCAUCAUCUUCCUUGGCACUCUCUAUGCCUCAGUAUCGGCACGCUUCGUCUUUUUCCGACUCUUCCGAAACUCCAAGCACUUGAACAGUCACACCCUUGUUGGUUGGGGAUCUUGGAGUGGAAUUCUUCUUGUGACUUGGAUCUUUGCUUUCAUCAUCGCCAUGGUCAUCCCCUUCUUUAACUCUUUGCUGUCCGUUAUGUCGUCUCUCUUCGAUAGUUGGUUUGGCUUCAUUUUCUGGGGAGUUGCCUAUUUCCGAAUGCGCAAAGCUGAUAAAGAGAUUGGUCGACGACAUGGCAAGAUCGCUGAUCUCACCGGAAACAUUGUUAACCUCAUCUUGAUUGCGAUUGGUAUUAUGUUUCUUACUGUUGGUACAUAUGCCAGUGUACAGGGUAUUAUCGACCAGUACGAGGCUGGCACCGUGGCUGGCGUAUUCUCGUGUGCGUCUAACGGUCUUUGA